UUCAGAAAAAUAUAUAAAUGCCCGUAUAAAUGUGAAAAUGUGAUUGUAUCAGAUAAAUUGAACGUAUGGCAUCACAUUAAAAGCUGAUUGUUACUUCCGGGUUCAGUCAUUUCCUUUACGGCGAAGGCCAGUGAAGCGGUUACGGGACGUGGUGUCUAUUGGGUGCUCUCUCCUCUCGAUGCUCUCUGUGGUGUAACUCCCUCAUCACCCAGCAUGGAAGUGACGUCAGACACAUCCUGCGAGUAAACCGACGGAGACAGUAAAAGACGGACGGGCACCCACCAACAAAAUCCAUCUUCAUCCGCGGACAGUUAACGAUUAUCCGUCUUCAAACCGUCGGAAGCAUAAAGUAUAAAGUCUAACCUUCCGCACGAGCCGCGUAUUAGCCCGAUAUGAGCCCGGGGUCGGUUUGAUAUAAGCGGCGAAAGAUUACGAGAGCCGACUUUCAUCCGGGAGACAACCCGCAGGAAGACCCCCCCCCCCCACCCACCAUCGCUGCCAAGAGGUUCAUUUUUUAUUUUUUUAAUGUGUCGGGUGUUUCUCCUGUUUUAGCUGUUAAAACAGGCUCGAGCUGUUACACCUGAAACAUUUUUUGGGGGAUAUUUUGGAGCUAGCGAGCGCGCUUGCUAGCCGAACACCGACCGCUAGCCAUGGAGCUGAGAGUGGGGAACCGAUAUAGACUGGGCAGGAAGAUUGGAAGUGGAUCGUUUGGGGACAUCUACCUGGGUACCGACAUCUCGGCGGGAGAGGAGGUCGCCAUCAAGCUGGAAUGCGUGAAGACGAAGCACCCGCAGCUCCACAUCGAGAGCAAGAUCUACAAGAUGAUGCAGGGCGGAGUGGGCAUCCCCUCCAUAAAGUGGUGCGGGGCGGAGGGCGACUACAACGUGAUGGUGAUGGAGCUGCUGGGGCCCAGCCUGGAGGACCUGUUCAACUUCUGCUCCCGGAAGUUCAGCCUCAAGACGGUCCUGCUGCUGGCCGACCAGAUGAUCAGCCGCAUCGAAUACAUACACUCGAAGAACUUCAUCCACCGAGACGUGAAGCCCGACAACUUCCUUAUGGGCCUCGGCAAGAAGGGCAACCUGGUCUACAUCAUCGACUUCGGCCUCGCCAAGAAAUACCGCGACGCCCGAACGCACCAGCACAUACCGUACCGCGAGAACAAGAACCUGACGGGCACGGCGCGCUACGCCUCCAUCAACACGCACCUGGGCAUCGAGCAGUCCAGACGGGACGACCUGGAGUCGCUGGGCUACGUGCUCAUGUACUUCAACCUGGGCUCGCUGCCCUGGCAGGGCCUCAAGGCCGCCACCAAGAGGCAGAAGUACGAGCGCAUCAGCGAGAAGAAGAUGUCCACGCCCAUCGAGCUGCUCUGCAAAGGAUACCCGUCGGAGUUUGCCACCUACCUGAACUUCUGCCGCUCCCUGCGCUUCGACGACAAGCCCGACUACUCGUACCUGCGCCAGCUGUUCAGGAACCUGUUCCACCGCCAGGGCUUCUCCUACGACUACGUGUUCGACUGGAACAUGCUCAAGUUUGGCGCCAACAGGGCCGUGGAGGACGCAGAGCGGGAGCGUCGGGAGCGUGAGGAGCGUCUGAGGCACAGCAGGAACCCCGGAGCCAGAGGCCUGGCCUCGGCCUCCGGGAGGGCCAGAGCCGUGCAGGAGGCCGCCGCCCCCUCUCCACUCAACCCCGCCCCACACACAGGGUUGGAGAAGGAGAGGAAGGUGAGCAUGCGUCUUCAUCGCGGGGCGCCGGUCAACAUCUCCUCUUCGGACCUCACGGGACGCCAGGACGCGUCGCGCAUGUCCUCACAGGCUUUGUCCCGGGUCACGCCCAGCGGCCUCCAGUCUGCAGCGCCGCGGUGAAGCCCCUCCCCCAUCCACCUGUGCACCACGGAGGCCUCCACAUACACACACACACACACACACACACAGGACUCUUCAAUGACACAGGACUACCAAUGAAUGCACCGGAGUGUGGCUGCCCCCUUGUGCACCUGACGGUGUCAGAUGGGUGGAGUCAGUCCGGUGGCCCUCCUCCUCCUCCUCACUGUCGAUGAAGCCAUGGAUUCACUUUCCUCCGGCGUCUUUUUAAAAACUUUGGUUUUACUCGUUUCUCCUCUUUAGCAAUUUUAAAGCGUCUCUUACAGCGACCUGACUUCAUGAGGGUUUUUGAAAAAGGACGAGCGUGUUUUGAAAGUAGUGUGUGUGUGUGUGGGACGUUUCUGGCCAUCGGGACAUUUGAUCGCCCCAAACUCUGUUCCGUGUCCCCAAAGACUUUCUUUUAUUUAAUUUUGUAUUCCUUCUUGGUUUCGGUGUUUGAGGUUUUUAAAUGUCCCGUGAGGACGGAACUCCCGCGGUCGUUAGACGGGACAAAAAGGGUCUUUACAUGUUUUUAUUUCCACCGUACCACUUUUCCCCUUUCUUAAGGUGCUUUGGAACCAGCG